AUGGCGAACUUGCAGGCGGAGGCGCGCUCAAAGCAGGAGAUGGUUGAGCAGCUCGUUGCGCAGCAGAAGGCGCUCGUCACGCGGGAGCAGGCGCGUGCCAUCGCAUUCGCGCGCCGCGCCGCCGCGCCACACCCGCCCCUGGCCGCCGCCGCCGCACAUGCCAGCGCGGCCGCGGCCACCUUGAUCAUCUAG